UUCUAAUUAUUGAACUGAUUUUGGUUAUUGAUUGUCAUGGGUAAUUAAUUACGAAGGGAAAUAUAUAUGUUUCGGUCAAAUCUUCGGCUUUGAGAGAAUUCGAAUGGGAUAGUUCCAGAUCCUUCUACCUCGUUAAUUUCACUAAACCUACCUCAUUUUUCUGUGUGUCAUAACCCAUAAGGUUAGUAGGUGGCUUGGCCCUCUCUAACAUCAAUAAAUUCUGAUCCAAGAAAAGCCUUUUCUGUGAAAAAAUAUCCUUUACUGUUUCCAGACCUCCCCUUUCUGGGAUAUGUGGUUGUUAUUUAGCAGUUUGGAGAUUCUGGGUCCCUUGUUUUUUGUUUCUCCUUUUUUUAAUCUUGUGUUCUUUUGGGAGCUCUUUUCAAGCUCCGCUCUUGCUAUUCUUUUUCUCUUGAUCCCCAAGAAGAGGAAAAGAGAAGAAAUUUGUGCUGAGGAAGGAGGAGAUAGUCCUAAAAGGGAAUGGAGGAAGCAAUGGCAGCAAGGUACUGGUGUCACCAAUGCUCUCGAAUAGUGAAUCCCAUCAUGGAGGUUGAGAUUAAAUGCCCAGUAUGUGAAACUGGGUUCAUUGAAGAAAUGAGCAGUGGUACAAGAGACAGUGAAGACAUAGAUUCUGAUAUUGGAUCUGAUCGAGCACUCUCUUUGUGGGCACCAAUCUUGUUAGGUAUGAUGGGUAAUCCCCGUCGCCGCAGAAGACAUAGACGUAUUGACUUUGAAGAAGAGGAUGAUGACAAUGAUGAUGGUGAAGCCCGCCAUGGAGGAGAUACUGAUUUGGACAGAGAACUCGAAUCCAUCAUUAGGAGGAGGAGAAGGAGCUCUGCAACAAUUUUACAGUUGCUUCAAGGUAUUAGAGAUGGAAUGGCAUCUGAAGCUGAGAAUUCUGAGAAUGAUAGGGACAGGGAUACCAGCAGGGAUAGAGAUAGGGAAAGAGAGCGUGUAAUUUUGAUCAAUCCUUUCAAUCAGACUAUCAUUGUCCAGGGUUCUUAUGAUUCCAACCAGGGUGGUCAAAACCAAAACUCCAACCAUAUAGGGUCUUUAGGUGAUUAUUUCGUUGGGCCUGGUUUAGACUUGCUGUUGCAGCAUUUAGCAGAAAAUGACCCAAACAGAUAUGGGACUCCACCGGCUCAAAAAGAGGCAAUUGAAGCCAUGCCCACUGUGAAGAUUGAGGAGAAUCUGCAAUGUUCUGUGUGUUUGGAUGAUUUUGAGGCUGGCUCUGAAGCAAGGGAAAUGCCAUGCAAGCAUAAGUUUCAUAGUGGGUGUAUAUUGCCAUGGUUGGAGCUUCAUAGUUCUUGUCCAGUUUGUAGAUAUCAAAUGCCUGCUGAUGAAUCAAAACUUGAUACUGAGAGGCCAAGAAAUAACACCAACCAAAGAGAGAGUGAAAACAAUGUUCAUGGUAGUGGUGAAGAGGGUGAAGGAGAUGGGAGAAGUGGGAGUGGAAGAAGGUUCUCAUUCCCAUGGCCGUUCAAUGGUUUGUUCUCAUCAGGGUCUCAGUCUGGUGGAGGCAAUUCAUCCUCUGCUUCUUCGGGCUCUCAGUCCGGAAGUGCUUCUCAAGCAGAUGAGAAUUGAGUAUAUUUUUAUAAGUCGGUUGUAUGAGCAUCCGGUUGUCUAUGUUGCUUAAAUAUUCUGCCAUGCUUAUGUAAAUAGUUAUUUUACACUGAAUUUGAAUCUUGGGAAAAUGAAAUUGUGUUUCUCUUGUAUGUUCUGUAUUCUUGUAGAUCCUUUUGCCCCAUGGAAGAGUUUCUGCUGCUAUUUUACCUGCUCCUGAUAUAUGUAAUUUUCUUUCUUAUUCAUCAUAGUAAUUGGUCUUUGUCA